AUGAAGUCUGACAUGCUGAGAUUCUGCUCUGUUCUUGUGCCCAUCAUUUGGCUGAGUGCAGCAGAGGAGUUCCAGUGGACAAAGAACAAUCCAGGCUCUUUCUAUUAUGGCACUUUUCCAGCUGGUUUCCUGUGGGGAGUUGGAAGCUCUGCAUACCAGACUGAAGGGGCCUGGGACAAGGAUGGGAAAGGACCCAGUAUCUGGGAUGCUUUCACUCAUAAGAAAGGGAAAGUGUUUAGGAAUGAAACAGGAGAUUCAGCUUGUGAUGGCUACUACAAAGUGAAGGAUGACAUUCAGUUGCUGAAGGAGCUGAAAGUGAAUCACUAUCUCUUGUCUAUCUCCUGGCCAAGGAUUAUGCCCACAGGCAUCAAAACUGAGCAACUGAAUGAGAAGGGAAUACAGUUCUACAACGACACAAUCAAUAGUCUUUUGGAAAACAAUAUUACCCCCAUUGUGAGCCUCUACCACUGGGACCUUCCACAGGUUCUCCAGGAGAAGUAUGGUGGCUGGCAAAACAUAAGCAUGAUAAAUUAUUUUAAUGAUUAUGCAAAUCUGUGUUUUGAGAAAUUUGGAGAUCGUGUGAAACAUUGGAUAACCUUCAGCAAUCCUUGGGCAGUUGCUGAAAACGGCUAUGAAACAGGAGAACAUGCCCCAGGACUGAAGCUUGGUGGCUGUGGAGCUUACAAAGCUGCUCACCACAUCAUUAAAACUCAUGCAAAGGUUUGGCACUCCUACAACAACACGUGGCGCAGGGAGCAGCAAGGGAUGGUUGGAAUCUCCCUAACAAGUGGCUGGGGUGAACCUGUGGAUCCACACAGCCAGACAGACAGAGAUGCUGCCGAGAGAUACAUCCAGUUCCAUUUGGGAUGGUUUGCAAAUCCCAUUUACAGAGGAGACUACCCAGAAGUUAUGAAGAAUUAUGUAGGCAGGAAGAGUGCGCAGCAGGGCCUGGGGACAUCACGAUUACCAACUUUCUCAGUGCAAGAGAAAACCUACAUUAAAGGCACCUCUGAUUUCCUGGGAAUUGGGCACUUCACUACUCGCUAUGUCCUACAGAAGAACUUUCCCUUCCUGCAAGUGUCCAGUUACCACACUGACAGGGAUUUGGCUGAACUGGUGGACCCAAACUGGUCAGCUCCAGGACCUAAAUGGCUCUACUCUGUGCCCUGGGGGUUCAGGAGAUUACUCAACUUUAUUAAGACCCAGUAUGGGAACCCUCUCAUUUACGUCACGGAAAACGGAGUCUCUGAAACCCUUCAGUGCACUCAGCUGUGUGAUGAGUGGAGGAUCCAGUACCUGAAGGGAUAUAUUAAUGAAAUACUGAAAGCUCUAAAUGAUGGAGUUAAUGUCAAGGGUUACACUGCCUGGUCACUGCUGGAUAAGUUUGAAUGGAACAAAGGCUUCUCUGAGAGAUUUGGGCUCUACCACAUUGACUUUAAGAACAAGAACAAGCCACGAUACCCAAAGGCUUCUGUGGACUAUUAUAAGAAGAUUAUCAGUGCAAAUGGAUUCCCAAAUCCAAGAGAGGUGGAGAACUGGCACCAGAAGGCUAUGGACAGUUGUUCCACCACACACCAACACCUUGCUGCAGAUUCCCUGAUUACUCACAUGGAAAUGGUGACAGAGAUUGUUCUUCCUGCAGUUUUCACACUCUGCAUACUCAUCAGUAUUGUCCUACUGAUCCUCUACAUUCGAAAUCACAGCUAA